CCGGCGGGCGUCGUUCUUAUGAUGGAAUAUGUCCAUCACAUCGCUCAACUUCAUUUAAUAACUAUAUGCCUGUAGAAGAUAUUCCUUUUUAAUACCAAGUGACUGGUAUCCGGUCCAACAUGGCAGACACAGCAGAGUCGGGUAACCAUUCAUCAUCGGUGAUGAAUCAACUUGAGGACACAUCGAGAGAAAUAAAAGAAUGCUAUGAGAGGUUAGACUUCAUUGAGACAAAGCUGAGGCGCCGGCACUACCCAAGUGAAGAAAAGAAACGCCUUGAGAAAGAAGUUCAGGACAUAAAAACUCACCUCUCUCGGCAUGAGAAUAACCUGCGGAGCCUCCGUGGGGAAAACCGCAUAGCUAUGGUGCUCUCGGUGCUAAUUCUGGCCUUAGGCAUUAUGAUUUAUAUUGUCUACUGCAUUCUCUUUACCAGCUGAAAUUGUACCGAUUUCCAUUAUAAACUUUGAACAAGAUUAUAAGCCAUUAAUAUAGCUUUGGGUCAUAAAAAUUUUUGCAUGAUUUACAAAUUAUUGUUAUUGCUUUGUUGUAAACAUUUAACAUAAUUAUAAAAAGCUAUUUGGUAUAGCUUUGGGUUAUACAAAUUUAGCAGGAUUUAAACAUUAUUGUUAUCGCUUUGUUAUAAACAUCUAAAAUAAUUAUAAAAAGCUAUUUGGUAUAGCUUUGGGUUGUGAUUAUUAGCAUUAGUAUCUGAAUAUUCUGUCUCUAAUGAACUCCAGGUUUUGGUAGCAAAAAUCAAAUAUGGUAUAUUAUUUAUUUUGUAAGUCUAGAUGUGUGUCAAGCACAAGCCUUUGCUGAAUGUUCUCUUCCAUCUUAAAUAUUAGAUACUUAACACAGUAGUAAAGUGUGAGCAGUACACAGUCCUUCUUCCAUAUGACAAUUGUAGUUGAGGUAGCAAGUACUGUAUAGUAUUUUUUUAAUAAACUGUAAGUUUUGUGUGUACUUUGCAAGGUUGUGGGGGUGCAUAUAACACUCAUCUUGUGACUUGUGCAAGCAAUUCAACUCUAGGGAAAAGGUAGUAAGACAGGAGCUUGGGUAAGGAAAUGAACUCUAGUGAGCAUUAGUAUGACGGGUACACUUUUCUAAUCUACAGAUGGCAGCCGAGUACUGGUCGUCAGACGGGUAGUUUUAUCGGCCAUUAUAAAUGAGCAUACUGUAGCGUAUUAAGUUUAUAAUAUACUGAUGGUCAGGGGUGCACAUGAUGCACAUGAAGACCACUCACUAGAAAGUGAAGGGACGACGACGUUUCGGCUCGUCCUGGACCAUUCUCGACUUGAGAAUGGUCCCGGACGGACUGAAACGUCGUUGUCCCUUCAUUUUCUAGUGUGUGGUCUGGUCAACGCACUUUAGCCACGUUAUUGUGACUCAUCGCCUGCAUAUGCACAUGAUGGCCACUAGGAAUGCAGAAGUGUGCAAGGGAAGAUAGAGGCAGGGUGUUGAGUAUAGCAGCUAUAAGACAAGUAUUCCAAAUAGUGUCAGGGGCCAAGGGGGUUGUGUGUGUCGUAUGUCAAAGUAUUUUUCACAUUGCAGAACUUUUAGAUGGCUUUUGUUUUUUUUUAGAGCACACAGCAUCUAGUGAAUCACAUCGCAUCAAAGGUUUGCAAGUUUUAGAUCAUUGCAAAUUUUUAAAUUGUAUUUUCUUUGUUUUACAUUAAAAUGUUUGUGAUGUAGUAGUGUAGUUUUGUGCCUUUAGCAGCAGGUGUGAGUUGGUUGUGUAAAGCUUGAAGCCUUUGCACGAUAUAGAAGCACAAAGGUAAUGGUAUUCAGCAUUACCUUUAAUGUUUUUUAUCAAAUUAAAAUUAGGCUUGUAUUUUAAUGUAUGUGUAUCAGGUUGGAUAUUUCUUAGUAAACUGUUGGACGAGUCAACUCCUAAACAGUUUUAGAUUUGUGUAGGUUGUUUGUAAGGACAGUUUUUCUUGAAGAUUAAUUUGAUUAUCUAUAAGGAACAUUUCAGAUUAAUGCAUUUUAUGGGUAAAAAAACUCAUGGGUAGGAAAUACAUUAAAUAUUUUAUUAAAA